UGCGAAUUAAAGUGUAUGGCACUGAGACCUUGCCAGAAGCUGGUCCUUCCACUAGUAGUUUGACGCCGUCAAACAUCGAUUUCUACUCGUCGCAUAUACAGAUAACGCCUUAGUUUGUGGCAGGUACGCCUUUAUAAUUGUUUUAACUAUUGAAUCACAUGUCAGAGCCACUAUAAAAACUCGCAUAGUUCGUAUGAAGCCUCAUCAUCUCAACAACGAUCAGUCUGAGAAUCAGAAUACGACCCCAGCUAGCUGUCUGCUUCGAGUAAUCCACUGCACGACGCUCUAAGUUGAGGGCAAAUCAUGGAGAGUACGUCGUAUUUGAGAGGAAGAAUUCCAUCUGUUCUGUUGGCUGCGUUGGUGCUGGCGCUGUCGAGGUUGCAGUCCACUGGAGCAUUGGACAUCUUGUUCUGGCCGCAAAUGUACUGUCGUGGACAAUCUGUGGGAUGUUUCGGUAUCGCUCCGGGAGUCUGUUGCACCAUACCCCCCACUCCAUGGUUGUCAGUUGAAGUCAGAAACUCGGUCCCCUGUCAAUUGACCGACAUAUUUAUCGGUGGCGGUUGUACCGGUUUAUGGGGAAGCUUUACCGGCACUGUCUGCGCUUCUGGAGCCAAGUUUACUGGUGCUCGCUGGAACCCCAUUUGUCGACGCCGUCAGCUUUUGGCUGAUGUUUCUGAUGACGAGCAGCAGGCAUGCACUGACGCCUCUUCCGGUUGCAAAAAGCUUGUGGAUCCAAACGCCCUUGUCUACAAUUCUGGUGAAGGUAACUGGGUGCUCAUCACGGACAACGCAAUAUGGCUUUACGAGCAGCUCAAGAAUGUUCCCGAUUCAGAGAAGGUGGCCUGGCUCACGGCGCAAGGAGCUACGUACACUUCCAAAACUGAGUAGAAGAUGAUCGUUGUUGCCAACUGAUUGUUGCAACUUCAUCGUUACGAUGGUCCUUUGAUGAUAAUGCAGAGCAACUCUAGCAGUUAAACGAACCCUCCUGCAGUCUCGUCUUCGAGAACUAAAUGUCCUUCCAUCUGCCUCCCCUUACUUUCUGUCGCGAGGUGCAGCUUUGGCAGCUUAAAAUGUAAUAGUGUGUGUGGCUGCUGAGGCUGUUUUUUCUGUAUGUGGAAAUAAGCCAGGCACGGAUCAGAUGCACUAACUUCUGAUCCGGCCUGCAUAUCGGUAAUAAAACCGUUGUGCGUGGUCUAUGCAAUGCAU